UUUCAAAGCAGUUAAAGAGUUUCGCCGCCUUCCAUAAAAAAAUCAAAUUUCUUGCGGUUACGCAAUUCAACAUUUGGUAAAUGAAAAGUUUCGCACGAUUCGCGUACGAUCAGGAGCAAAUGCAGCGGCAGCUAUAGCUGUGGCCCCAUUCCCAACUUGCCCAGCUUCAAAUUCAUCUAAAUGCGGAAUCUUCUUGUAAAAGGCGAAGCUGACAAUUUAUAUAGACACAGAUGCAUCAUCUGUACCCAUCGCUGAAAGGCGAUCAGCUCUGCCCGCUCGGGUUUCAUCCCCAGACACGUUAUCCAACCAGAUGUAAGCGCUGCUUUCGCGACUACAAGGAACAUGGAGCCCGACGAGGAGGCGACGAGGUGGCCGCAUCCUCGCCGAAUCUGUCGGACGCGCAGAGUUCACGGCCGUCAUCGCGCACAUGGACGUCGACACAGAACUUAACCAGCGCAAAUUCAAGCAACAGCAAUGAUAUAGAGCUAAAGAAACGUCCGCAGUCCUGGGCCUCCACGCCGGACAUCGAUGAGUCGCAGGAUGAGGGACAACGCCAGAGCUCGUCCUCGGCGGCGGCAGCUCGUUCCGCCACCGAUCACAAUGUAGCUGUCACCCUGAAGCUACCAGUUCCUCCGCGCCGACACACAACUGCCUUGGACAUGGCUGAGGUGGAGCAGAGUCUCACGCAAGGCCGUGCCACAGCCUCCCCCAGUAAAACUUCAAGUAUUCCAGAUGAGCUAGUCAUCCUAUCGACCGACAGUCUUGCCGAGCGUGUGCGCAAAAUGAACUUGCUCAAGAAGCAGCGCAGUCUCAACUCAAGGGAAUCCAGCCGGGAACGCUCUGUGCCGCGUCGAGAUGAAGAAAGCGAGUCUACAGCGCCACCGCCGGAUCGCCCGGAACGGAGCAAAUCCGGCACAUCGCUCAACCAGCAGACGGAACUCAAGCGCGCCUCCCUGCCGCCAAAAAAGGUUCCAGUCGUCAGCACGGCCACAGCAGCUGCCACUACUGCAUCAGCGACCUCAACCCUGAAAUCCGCCACAUCAACCACGUCAUCGAGUCACACAGAGACCAAGGUCUCAGCCUCCAGCUCUAGCUCCAGCAGCAGCCUGAGCAGCACACGGCGCAAGGAAACGGAGAUCAGCAAUGGCAAGGAGACUAGCAAAAGACAAACUGUGCCGACUGCAGCCACGCCCACAACGGCCAGCACGCUGAAGGAGCAGAUGGCGGCGCUGCGUGCCGAUCUGGAGGCCAUGAAGGCGCGAGCGGAGCGCGCGGAGCGUGAGAAGAGCGACAUAUUACUGAGGCGGCUGGCCUCCAUGGACACCGCCUCAAAUCGCACAGCUGCCUCGGAGGCGCUGAAUCUGCAACAGAAGCUGAACGAAAUGAAGGAGCAGCUGGACCGCGUGACGGAGGACAAGCGCAAACUGAACCUGCGCAUGAAGGAGCUGGAGAGCAAGGACAACCAGUCGGAGCUGAGGCGGAAACUGCAGGCGGCUGAGCAGAUAUGCGAGGAACUCAUGGAGGAGAACCAAUCGGCCAAGAGAGAAAUCCUCAACUUGCAGGCCGAAAUGGACGAGGUGCAGGACACGUUCCGCGACGACGAGGUCAAGGCGAAAACCAAUCUGCAAAAGGAUCUUGAGAAGGCAGUCAAAAACUGUCGCAUCCUUAGCUUUAAGCUGAAGAAGAGUGAGCGCAAAAUCGAGACGCUUGAGCUGGAGAGGCAGAGCUCCUACAACGCCGAGCUGAGCGCCAAGAUCAAGAAGCUGGAAGAGGAGCUGCGUUUCUCCAACGAGCUAACGCGGAAGCUACAGGCAGAGGCCGAGGAGCUGCGCAAUCCGGGCAAGAAGAAGACACCCAUGCUGGGCGUGCUGGGCAAGUCGACGUCGGCGGAUGCUAAGAUUACGCGCGAGUCUCUGACUCGGGGCGGCUCACAGGAGGAUCCGCAGCACUUGCAACGUGAGCUGCAGGACUCCAUUGAGCGCGAGACGGAUCUCAAGGAUCAGCUGAAAUUUGCCGAGGAAGAGCGACGUCAACUCAAAGCUAGGGCCUCCAGGCAACGGGCUCAAGUGAAUCGUGGCAGCCAAACGGGUGACAUGCUGGCCAUUCCUUUAGGUUUUCCGCGCUCCACCCAAACAGCGCCCAUAGCUCAAACUGAAGCUGGCUGCAAUACGUCGGCCAUGCCCGAAACUCUGGCCAUGCACACACAAACCGACCAGGUCACCUCCUCCGACAUAGCCACACAGACCACUGUCGAGCUGAGCACUAGAAAUCUUUCCGUUGACCGUGAAUCCUCACCGUUUGCAUCGCUAUUUGCGCCCAGCACUUCGACCAGGGUUGUCAAUUCCACCUCUUUGCUCUUUCCCAGCGCCAUGUCUCAUGUGCUCUUGGCUGGCGCCACUCGCAAAUUGAGUCCUGCGCCUCAUCCGCAUCGCUUGGCGCCCGAGGUGCACGCCGACCGGGACGAAGGCAUUUCGGAUGAGGAUGACCCCGCCGAGCUGCGCAUAUUGCUCGAGCUGAACGAGCAGGAGGCAUCCAUAUUGCGCCUCAAGGUCGAGGAUCUGGAGAAGGAGAAUGCCGAGUCGAAGAAAUAUGUGCGCGAGCUGCAGGCGAAGCUGCGCCAGGAUAGCACCAAUGGCAGCAAGUCUUCGCUGCUCAGUUUCGGCAGCUCGUCCAGCGCCGCUGAGAAGAAGCUCAAGGCACUCAACGAUGAGCUCGUCCAGUUGCGCAAGACUCUGCAGGAGAAGGAGCAAAGCGUGGAGACCAUGCGAGCUCAGCUGGCCAAGCUGACAACGCUGGAGACCGAGAACGAGAAGUUGAGCAAAGAGAACAAACGCCUGCAGCUGCAGUCGCUGCGCAGGGCGAGCUCCGUGGAGAAGAAUGCCGAAGCGGAGCUGCCCAAGCUCAAGGAGACACUGGCUCAGGUGCAAAAAGAGCGCGACGAACUGACCGCCAGGGUGAAGCGGAUGCAAGUAGAGGCCGAGGGCAAGCUGCCGCCGCGUACGCCCAAGCGUGUCAAUGAUCUGACGCCCAAGAGUCAUCUGAAGAAAUGGGUGGAGGAGCUAGAGGAUGAGAUCAGUGAAAUGCGCGUUCAGCUGGGCAGCAGUGGCGCCAGCCAACUGAAGACGUUGCAGCUGAGCAAGGAGUCUCUGGAGGAAGAGCUGCAGAAGUGCAAGCAGAAGCUGACGCUGGCUGAGGGCGACUUGCAGCGCCUGAAGCAGCUCAAUGGCACCAGCAGCAAGACCAAGGAGCUGGAGCAGAAGCUCAAGGCCAGCGAGGAGGAGUCUAAGAAGCUCAACACCAAGCUCAAGGACUUGGAGGAUAAGUUGAAGAAGCAGGAGAGUCAGCUGAAGCAGACCGAGGCGAGCAAAUCCACGCUCGAGGCACAAAACAAGAAGGAAAAGGAGAAAUCAUCGAGUCUGGAGAAGGAUCUAGAGAAGCAGCUCAAAGACCGUGAAAAGCUCGAGGCCAAGAUCAGCCAACUAGACGGGGAGCUGCUCAGUGCCAAAAAGGCAGCGGAGAAAACUAAAGCCUCGCUCGAGAAGGACAUCAAGGACCUGAAGACAAAGUCCAGCAAAUCGGACAGCAAACAGGUGCAGGAGCUCAAGAAGCAGCUGGAGGAGAGUCAAGCGCAGCUCAGCAGUGAACAGAAGCGCUACGAGGAGCUGAACACCCACUGGGAGAAGCUCUCCGAGGAAACCAUACUCAUGCGCGCCCAGCUAACGACGGAGAAACAGAGUCUGCAGUCUGAGCUGACUGCGGCCAAAUAUAAACUGGCUGACAUGGACACCAUUCGGAUUGAGCGCACGGACAUGGCGCGCAAGCUGAACGAGGCGCAGAAAAAGAUCCAGGAGCUGGAGGUGAAGACCCUCAAGACGAGCAACAGCGGCGACCACGAGCGCUCGAUGCUGAAGAACAAGCUGGCCGAGAAGGAGCACGAGUACGAGCGGCUGCGGCGCGAGAACGAAAUGAACAUCGAUCUGGUAUUCCAGCUUCGCAAGGAUAACGACGAUCUGACCAGCAAGCUGAACGACUUCAAUCGCAUCGAGCAGGCGCAGUCCUCACUCAACGGACACGGCGCCAGACGUGAGGCGGAGAUUAAGGAGCUGAAGGAAAGACUACAAGCCUCCGAGCUGCAGCUGAAGUCCGAAGUGGCCUCGACGCGUCUGCGCUACGAGCAGCAGGUGAAGAAUCUCAGCGGCGAGCUCACAGCUAUGCAGCGUCAAUGUGAACGCUUCAAGAAAGACAGAGACGCAUUCAAGCAGAUGCUCGAGCUGGCGCAGAAGAAGAUUGGCGACCUGAAGGCCAACAAUACGGGACGGCAGAGUCGCAGCUCGAUGCACAGCAGCGACGACGACGACAAAAGCAAGAUUGCCUACCUGGAGCAACAGAUUGGUCACCUGGAGGAUCAGUUGGUCGAGGCGCGUCUGGAGGCCAGCAAGGUGAAGACGGAGCUUGUCUCGGAGCGCAGCGCCAAUGAGAUCAAAAUAUCUGAAAUGCAAUCCAAGCUGAACGAAUUCGAGGAGGAACGUGUCAUUGGCUCGGGCAGCACCAAGUUGCCCGGCAUGAAGACCAAACUGGAGCUGUCCUGGCAGAAGGAGCGCGAGGAUCAGCAACGUCUGCUCCAGGAGACAUCGACGUUGGCGCGCGACCUGCGCCAAACACUCUUCGAGGUGGAGCGCGAACGGGACAAGGAACGUCUCGAAGCCAAGCGCAAGCUGGAGCAAACCAAGCGCGCAACCGAGGAGGAAAUGGAGGAGGGCCGCAAGAAGAUUGCCGAACUGCAAUGCGAUCUCUUAGAGCUGCGCGAUGUGCACGCUAAGCUGCGCACCUCCAAUGAGAAAUUGCGUCGUGAGCGUGAGCGCUAUGAAAAGGAGCUGAUUAAGCGUCGGAUGGAACAGGAUGGCGGUGAGCGCAAAGUUGGUGCCCUGCUGCAGACCGUAGAUGAGCUGGUGAAGAUCGCACCAGAUCUCAAGAUAGUCGGGGGCUCAGCCGGACGUAGUGCGUCCUAUGCAACGGACAACAAACUGCGCCCGGAGCAGGCAGAUGUGCGACGCAGCCGUAGUCCGUCGCCAACGCUGAGCAGCGCCCAGAUCGCCAAUGUGCUGGCCCGUUUGGCAGAGGCCUCUGAGGAGCUGCGCAAGUUCCAGCGCAUCAGUGAGGACGAGCAGGAGCGCAGCCGCAUGCGCCGUGGCAAUCUGCGUCGCGCUGCCUCGCAGGAGAACGAUCCGCACGGCAGCACCAGCUCGGUGGCAAGUGCGGCGGGCUCUCAGCGCGGCGGCGGCAGCGGACGUCUGUCCCGCAACUCCAGCAACAAUGGCAGCCUGAUACGCAAGAGCCUAUCGCUGGACCACUCCAUACAGCGCGAUCAGAAUAUUUGGCGUCAGGACGAUGGCAGCGUAUCAUCCAUGCAAUCCAUUGACUCGGAGCUGGGCGGCUUGGUGCGUGACUCCAGCUUGGACUCACGCCUCGACUCUCGCCUGUCCGGCGGCUCCACCCAAAGCGACAUACCACGCGGCCCGCGCAAGAAAAAGAAGGGCAUCAUGGGCAAGCUACGCAGUCUGACCAAAAGCAGCCGCAACUCCGAGAGUGAAGUAUCGAUUCAGGGAUCUGAUUCAGACAUAAGCGUAGCAAGCGAUAUGAGGUCCAGCAAAAAGGAUUUGCGGGGUCGCCUGUCGGGCAUGUUCAAGCGUUCCGGCUCCAAUUCACGCAGCGAGAGCAUCGAGCGCGCCAGCUCGGAGCAGAGACCAGUUGCCGUCACUGUCGUUGGCCAUCCGGAUGGACCACAUCCACGUGAUCCACCGCCGGCCAAUUCGCUAACGCCCAAGCCCAUCCGUUCGAUAAAGCCGCCGACGGGCACGCCCACCACACCGAUCACGAGACGGCGCCAAGCCAAGUAGCCAAUCCAGGAUUUAAGAUUCAUCAGCUAGUUAGUUAACCCGCAUAGUCCAUGGCUCCCAAUGAAUGUCACACUGGAACUGGAGCUUCAUAACUUUCAUGACUUAUUUAUUUAGCUUGCAAAUGUCCUU